AGGUCAGGGCUUUGUGUGUUUCAGGCUACAGACAAGCGGAAGGCGCUGGAGGAGACCAUGGCCUUCACCACCCAGGCCCUGGCCAGUGUCGCCUACCAGGUGGGCAACCUGGCGGGGCACACCCUGAGCAUGCUGGACCUGCAGGGCACGGCCCUGCGGCAGGUGGAAGCCCGGGUGAGCUCGCUGGGACAGAUGGUGAACAUGCACUUGGAGAAGGUGGCCCGCAGGGAGAUCGGCACCUUAGCGGCGGUGCAGCGCCUGUACCCAGGCCAGAAGGUGCUGGCGCCCGAGAGCCUGCCCCCCCUCACACCCUACUGCAGGAGACCCAUCAACUUCGGCUGCCUGGACCACGUCGGCCAUGGGGUCAAGGUACAGAGGGGCCCCGCCCCCUUCCCUUUUGGGCGUCUGAGACAGUCUCACUGUGAGUCCAGGCUGGCUCAAACGCUCAGCACCCUCCUGCCUCAGCCUCACUGCUCCCCCAAAGGGCCACACCCAGCCCCCAACUUGCCGUACAGCUUAAACUCCAGCUUUGUCUCGGGAGCGGGGAGCAGCCCCAGCAGCCCUCGGCCACCUCCCACAGGGGCAGUGCACCCCGAGCCCCCCUCGGGCUGUGAACCCCAGGACUUCGCGCCUCCGCUCGGGGAUCUGUGCCCGCCCCCGCCGGGUGAGGACCCCCAAACCCCACCCAGCCUUGUACGUCCCGGGAAGCAAACUGAGAAAGCGCGGCCGGCAAUCGGGAAGCUGAGGCAGCGGGAUCUCCGAAGAGUGGCGACCCUCCUGCUUCAGCCUCCCAAGCGCUGGGUCACUGGCGUGCACCACCGCCCUCUGCCCUCCCUAAACUUUCUGAUGAACCGAGGAGUUUUGCCCCCAAGCUGGGAAGGGAGCAUCCGGUCCUGUGCCUGGCAUUUGGUCCCUGGGUGGGGUCCGCGGCGUGGCGAGGUCUCCCUGUCCCAGAUUGCCUGUGCCUGUGCGGGCGGGGGCCGGCGCCGCCUCACACUCCGUCUCCCCGCAGUGGUGACCCUGUACCCCUACACCCGCCGGAAGGACAGUGAGCUCUCCUUCGCGGAGGGCACCGUCAUCUGUGUCACGCGCCGCCUCUCGGACGGCUGGUGCGAGGGCGUCAGCGCAGAGGGCGCUGGGCUCUUCCCAGGGAACUACGUGGAGCCCAGCUGCUGACUGGGGGCUGAGGCAGGAGGGUCUCUGUCUGAUCCCCUCCACUUUAUUGUGGUGGGAGAGUAGGAGCCCCCAGGCCUGCGCAGAAAGGACAGAGCUGAAGCCCACGGAGCUGUGAUUCCCAUCCACGGAGGUCCUCACCUCGCAGGGCGCUGUACCCACCCUCAUUGAGAACUCUGAAUAAAUCUCACGACCAGC